GUCCAGACCCUGAACUCUGGGAAGAGGGGGGUGGUGUCAGAUGACCCAAUAGGGGAGGUCGGGAAGGAGGCAGGGUCAGAGCGGCGACAGCCCAACAAGCUCUCUAAACCCUCUGCCUUGGGAAUUCCAGAGACAGUUGAGGGUCAGGGACAGCAUCGGGCUGUGGGCACCCAUCAAAUGCCAGAAUCAGUCCCCAGAGAGAAAAGGCACCUAGAGUGGACCCAGUCUGAAGAAGAACAGGAUGACAUCUUCACAGCCAAACAGAUAAAUAACUGUAAGCUAAGGGGCAUGAGGGGGGUAAAACACUGAGCCAUCACCCAGAGCCAAGUCAGCAGAAAGAGAGGAAUGAAACAGGAGGUGCCAGAUAGUAUUCCAGUCUGGGGCAAAGCAAAGUCAUUUAACCUGGACCUCCUGAGCAGCAGAAAGCAGUCCUAUCAUGGUGAUGUGCCUAUCAGCCAGGACAUUAAAGAGAGCCUUGCUGCAGGACGAAAGAGCACUAAUAGCCAA